CGCAUCAAUGACGGUAGCACCUGCUUGCAGAAUAUCAGCCAUGAACUAUUUCGCCGUGCUGGCCACGCUCGCCGUCCUGUCGUCGGCCGACGGCAGGCGCCUCUUCAAGCGGCCGCAGCUGUUCCGUCCAGUGUUCGUCGGCGGCGACGCCUCCGGCCAGGCCGACGGCUCCGUCACCUCCGGCAUCUCUGAGACGGCGUUCGGACGAGACCAGAUCGACUCGGCCGUCUCCAGCGUUCGCGGCCAGGCCAACGGUCUGGGCAGCAGCAGCACCAACACGGCCAACGCCGACACGCGCCGCUCUGAGAGCGUGCUGGGCGUGCAGCGGACCUCCGACACGAACGCCGUCUCGGUGCAGGACAGCAACGGCGCCGUGCUGCUGCCGGUCGGCGGUCUGUUCCAGCGGCCGUCGCUGUUCAAGCCGGCGCUGCUGCUCGGCGGCGCGGCGUCCGGCUCCGCCGACGGCUCGGUGACGACCGGCACGUCCGAAGGCGUCAACGGCUUCACCCGCGUCACGUCCGUCACGUCCAACGCCGACGGCAGCGUGCACGGCAGUGGCAGCAGCGUGAGCGUGGCUAACGCCAGCAACCAGCGCACGGAGACGGUCGAUGGCGUCUCUGAGACGUCCGACACGGGCGCUGUCUCGUUGCAGAACACCGGACGCUGA